AUGCGGAACCAGACCCAGGUCAGUGAGUUCGUCCUUUUGGGCCUCAGCCAUGUCCAGAGGCUGCAGUACUUACUCUUCAUCUCCUUCCUGCUGCUCUACUUGACCGUUCUUCUGGGCAAUGGGGCCAUUGUGGCCACGGUGAUCUCUGAGCCUCAGCUCCACAAACCCAUGUACUUCUUCCUGGGGAACCUUUCCUGCCUGGACAUUUUCUACUCUACAGUCACUGUUCCCAAGAUGCUGAGCGUCUUCCUUUUGGGGCACCAGCCCAUCUCUUUUGGUGGCUGCUUGGCCCAGCUCCACUUCUUCCACUUCCUGGGCAGUACAGAGGCUGUGCUCCUGGCCACCAUGGCCUAUGACCGCUGGGUGGCCAUUUGCAAUCCUCUGCGCUACCCCCUUGUCAUGAGCCCACGGGCUUGUCUGCUGCUGGCUGUGGCCAGCUGGGCCACUGGCUUUGUGUAUGCCCUGAUGCACUCUGUCAUGACCUCUCAGCUGGCUUUCUGUCACCAGAACCACAUCCAUCACUUCUUCUGUGACGUCAAGCCACUCUUGAAGCUGGCUUGCAGUAGCACCACCCUCAACAUGAUCCUCCUCAACACUGUCACCACAGCUAUUGCACUGGGCUCCUUCAUUCUCACAGCCCUCUCCUACCUCUGCAUUCUCUCCUUUGUCUGCCAGAAAGUCCAGUCCCAGGAAGGAAGAUGGAAGCUCUUCUCCACCUGUACCUCCCACCUCACAACUGUGGCACUGUUUUACAUACCAGUGCUCUUCAGUUAUACACCCCCCUCCUCUGGAAGCUCCCAUGAAAGGGAUAUGCAGGUGUCUCUCGUCUACAGUGCUGUCACCCCAGCUCUCAACCCCUGGAUCUACACUCUCAGGAACCAGGAGGUGAAAUCUGCCCUGAGAAAAAUGUUAGGGAGAAAACUCUUUCCUGGAGCCAAGUGA